CUGUCAUGUGGAAAACUCACUAUGACAUUAUCAUCGUCGGCGCCGGCGUCGUUGGCUGCACGCUUGCCCAUGCCUUAUCCACCAUUCGACGCGAAAAACCUUUUCGUAUUGCCUUACUCGAACGCUCCCUUGCAGAACCCGACCGGAUUGUCGGUGAACUGCUGCAACCUGGAGGUGUCGGCUGCAUAAAAAACCUCGGUUUGGAGGCCUGCUUUGAUGGUAUCGAUGCCGUUCCGGUGAAGGGUUACUGUGUCGUCGACAAUGGCAAGACCGUCCAUAUCCCAUACCCCGACGGCCACGAGGGACGUUCUUUCCACCAUGGCAAGUUUAUCAUGAAACUUCGGGAGGCUGCGAAGAAGGCGGAGGGUGUCGAGGUCAUAGAGGCGACGGUCACAGACCUGAUUGAGGCCAACUUUAACAAGCAAGUUAUCGGCGUACGGGCAACGAGGAAGGAUGGGCUGACUACGGGAGGCGAAGCUGACAAGGAGUCCUUUUUUGCUGACCUCGUCGUCAUUGCCGAUGGUUGCUUCUCCAACUUUAGAGGAGCUGUGAUGGGCGACCGACUCUGUAAGCCUGUAACGAAGAGCCAUUUCGUUGGUCUCGUGCUCGAGGAUGCUGUGUUGCCGAUACCCAACCAUGGUACCGUUGUGCUCGUGAAGGGUUACGGUCCGGUGCUACUUUACCGCAUUGGUGAUCGCGAUACUCGACUGCUUGUCGACGUCAAGGCCCCCAUACCCGCCGACCUUGAGUCCCAUAUAACCAAAAACAUCCUUCCCCAACUCCCCUCAUCUGUUCAUAAUUCUGUUCGUGACGCGCUCAAGAAGAACCGUCUUCGUCGUAUGCCCAAUUCUUUCUUGCCUUCAGUUCUACAAGGCACUUCUAUGCCUGUGGCAAAGGAGGGCGUAUUUCUCGUGGGUGAUGCGUGGAACAUGCGCCAUCCUCUGACUGGCGGUGGAAUGACAGUAGCGUUCAACGACGUUGUCAUUCUUCGGAAUUUGCUAACGCGUGUCAGCAAGCUGGAUGAUUGGAGAGCUGUACGCGCAGUACUGCGCAAGUGGCAUUGGCAGCGAAAACUGGUCUCGUCAACUGUCAACAUCUUGAGCGUAGCAUUAUAUGACCUUUUCGGUGCUGAUGAUGAAGAACUUGCAGUUCUUCGUACGGGUUGCUUCAAGUACUUUGAACGAGGCGGUGAAUGCCUAAGGGGCCCCGUCUCCCUCUUAUCCGCCAUCUGCCCUUCACCCGUAUUACUGUUUAAUCACUUCUUCUCGGUCGCCUUCUACUCGAUUCGGGUCAUGUUCACACAUCCACGUCCUAUCCAGGGCCAAGCAGACCAAAAACUGAAAUCUAUUGCCCCGCAAUUUGACGAGUACCCGAUGUUAUUUUUCAAAAGCCUCCGGGUGUUUUGGACAGCAUGUGUUGUCUUUGGUCCACUGCUGUGGUCAGAAAUCCGAUGGUGGUCACCCGAUGAUGCCAAGGCGCGACAGAGAGCCCAAGUAGUUGGACUCGGGAUUCCUUUACUUGUUGCUGCGCUGGCGAUGAUAGCUUUGCAGUCAUGAAUAGAGGCCUGUCUGGCUUUGUAAAAUGGAGAGACCAGGAGAUUAUACCACCUUACUUACUAUUAGAUCUUUAUUACACAUGAUAAGCACUUUUCGGAUGUAUGAUACCGAGAGAGAACAGGUGGCUGGAUAAACUGGAGACUUCAAAUUAAG